GUCUUACUUAAAUGAUUCUAGAAUUUUGUUGCUUGCAUGUUGUCCUAUUUUAUAGGAGAAACAAACAGGCAGAAUCAUUGUUCGUUAAUUUUUCAUGUGCAGAUUAACAAUGGCAGGGGAUUGCCAUGGGCUAGCAGAGAAGUGAAUAAUGGGACACCAUUUCCACAUCAACACUUUAAGGUUUUCCAAUAUUUAGGCUAUUACGGCCGCUGCAAUGAUUUGGAAGCAGUGAUGUUCAUUUUGGAAAACUGUGUCGGGCUUCAACAAAUCAUUAACGAUCCAGCUAUGCAACUUGGAUUGUUGCAUAUACCACUAGAUCCCGAUGAGUUGGAACAGGAAGAAGGUUGCAGAAGUUAUGCGAAGCAAUAGCUGGAACCAAUAAUUCCUUCCCACAUUACAUUGGCUAUCCGAUAGACUCUUUUAAAAAAAUGAAAUAAUGACAAAUCUAGAAUCGGGAGCUUAUCAUUAGACAAAAGUAAUACCACUUUUCUUACCGGACAAAAAAGAGACUAAGAUAUACUGAAGUGUCAAAAAUGCCCUCAAAAUUGUACUGCCGUCCAAUUCCUCGCACGCUUGAGCUUCCGUCUGUACGCAUUCAGGGACCCUCGCAGCAAUGAAACUUCACAGCGAGCACCACCAUCACAGUCUUCUUCGUGUAAUUGUGUUAUCUUCUUCGUGCGACGGGUGAGCUAUGACGAGGGACGAAGCUUCUUCGCUCUAUGCUCUUCUUCUUCGAUUUGAAUUCUCUUCUCCUGUAUCUUCUUAUCUGAUUUUGAAUCCCCUGCUUCGUGGAUGGGUUAAUAUAGCGGCGGCGGCAGAAUUCAUUUUUCAGAUCUGAGGCUGUGGCUGAUAGUUACUGCUGGGGGUCGAUGGUGCAGGAGGCGGGUGGAUGUUGGUGGGACAAGGGCGAACCAGGGGGCGGUUGCUAGGGGGCCGGGCUUUAGUGGCCAGAGCGGUGGCGAUGUCCUUGUCACGGCGGUGGUACGAUAUAACUGACAGCUCUGCGAAAUUUCCAAUGCCACUGGGAUGUGGUAAUUGCGGGGUGCAAUAGCGCUGGGCGACAGUGGACGUGGCAGGCGGCGGCGGAUGGUUCAACGGCGACUGUGGUAACAGGUGGCCGGGGCGGGGCACCAGGUCAUUUCCCUCACUGUAUGGAAGUCAGUGCAACUGCCAGUGGGGCGGCAAUGUCGGGGAAUUUGGGGGCUGAGGUUUGGGUUAGAGGCAAGCCGGAGAUGCUGGGCGCCGGAGUAAGUGCGGUGGUGGGUCACCGGCAUUGGUGGCCAGCAGUUGUGGCCGACAGUGUGGCUGCGGUGGUCACCUUAGAAGCUAUUAAUCGUAAUUGAUUGGACCGAGUAAUGGUAAUAUAUUAGACUAGAUAACUUUAACUUGUAAAAUAUUCUAAAUGUAAUUGGUCAGAUGGGGUAAUUGUUAUGGUUGGAUCGGGUAAUUGUAACUGGUGGGGUCAGAUAACUAUAAUUGAUCGGGUUAGGUAACCGUAACUGGUUGGGCGGAUAAGUGUAACUUGUGGUCUCGGAUAACUAUAAUUGAUCAAGUUAGAUAACUGUAACUGAUCGGACGAAUAAUUGUAACUGGUGGUGGG